AUGGAAGAAACAACAAGCACACCAACUUCUCCAUCAUCUGCAUCCCUAAAACAAAGGCUAAAAUAUAAAUACAUUGCAUGUUUACAUUCUUCUUUCCGGAAAAACAUUACUCAUCGUGCUUCCGCCGGCCCUCCACCUUCUUCCGGCGUCCAUAAUGACUCCGACGAUUCGAACACAAUUCCAAAACAACCUAUUCUUAAUCGAACCUUCUCCAUCGAUAAAUGCAAGAGUUUCAUUACGCGUAUUGGUCGAAAUGCACAAGGACUUGCACAUGGACACUUGCCAAGCGAUGGUAACGGACAUGGGAAUGGGAACGGACAUGGACGUGGACACCGGAGGCGGCAUUCGCUUUCUUCCGAUUUUCGGUAUGAUGCGACGAGUUAUGCUUUGAACUUUGAUGAAGGAAAUAAUGAUAGUGUUGAAAAUGAGUAUCGAUUAAGGAGUUUCUCUUCAAGAUUGCCCCAAUCUCCCAAAAGGGAAAUUGCUUGUGGUUGA